AACGAUUGCGAAAAUUGGCAUUGGAACGAAAGGAAGCCUUUGACAAUGGAAAUUUUACGGAAAAACAGGCAUUGGCGUCGGAAAUUGUCACGCAGAUACGAGCGUUGGGGGGACGGUUACUCAAGAAAAAAUCAAAACAACAGCAGACAAUACAAGGAGAACGACGAAAUGGGAAGAUGUCGACGAUAUAAGCCAUUCACAAGGCAUGUCAAGUCAUGAGGGAUAUCAACCGAGCGGAUCGAGUGGACCGGGAUACCAAACGAAAAGGCAAAAAACGACCCAUCCACAAUAAUAAUAACAACAACCAAAACAACAACCAAAACAACAACAACAACAUGCCCCAUCAUCAUCAUCAUCAUCCGCCACCAGUACCGGUUGUGCCACCACCACCACCUUUUGCGACGGUAGAGGGGCAACUUCCACCCCCGCCAUUGCCGCCACCGUUGCCAGGAAUAUUCCCUCCACCACCACCCCCGCUGCACCACGAUCAUAAUAGUAUGAAAUCGGACGAACACGAACACGACAAUCUCAAGGAUGAUCUCGUUGUGGCCGAAGAAGAAGGAGAAGCACCGUCAUCCAAUGACAAUGAACACGAACAUGACAAUGACAUGGAACAACAUGAUCAGCAACAACAACACGACGACGAAGAAGACCCUGAUACAAUGGACGAACAGGUGGAUGAUACUCCUGCUGCCGAGGCAUUCAUUCUAGUAUAGUCAGUCACUCCACGUGCACACACAACUACAACUGCCGUACCGUAACUGCGUGCAAAUAUUGGGUGAUGGUGUUUCAUGGUUCGGCACGGGCGAGCAAAAGAAGACAAUCAUCAGGGCUAUCUUUGCUUCUUUCGUUCGUUCGUUCGUUCGAUCAAAGGUCGUCUUUUGUGCUCAGUGGGCGGUGGUCUCCCGUACGUACAAACAAAUUAGAAAUGCUAAACAAAAACAGAAUUAUUAGAAAUGAUAUCACGAGCCAACUCAGCCAACUCCUGGUUUAUACACAAGUAUUAUAGAUCAAAAGGUUAUAGUCUCCCGA